AUGCGUCUCGACUACGUACCUAACCCCCCGACCAACCUCGCGCCAGAGGAUCAAGAGGUCCUAGAGCGGGUCAAGGCACGUCGGGGUGCCAUGGGCCUUAUCGCGCUGGAUUUGACACUGUUGCAUGCUCCCAAGAUCGCAGAUGGUUGGAACGCCCUGCUCGGCGCCGUGCGGACGAAGAACUCUCUCCCAGACGAUAUCCGCGAGAUUGCCAUUUGCCGUCCUGCCUUGAUUAACCGCGCCUGGUAUGAAUGGCAUGCUCAUGCUCCUAUCCUUUUGAAAUCUGCGGGCUUUACGGAAGAAAAACUAGCCGUCGUGCAACAGCUGCAUCCAACAUCCAAGGGAGCGCUCGACGAUCGCCAGUGGGCUGUUCUGCGAUAUGCCGAUGCCAUGACGCGAGACGUGUCUGUCCCUCAGAGCGUGUUGGACGAAGUCAAGGCGGCCGGUUUUAGCAAUCAGGAAAUCGUUGAGAUUACGGUCACGGUUGCGAGUUACAACAUGGUCAGCCGGUUUUUGGUCGCAUUGGAUAUUGGAGAGGCCAACGACAAGGCUCCGGCAUUCGCUAAAUAG